AUGGACACAAUCACAAGCAUGGUAUAUGAAAAGCCUGUGGUGAUAUUCAGCAAGAGCACGUGUUGCUUGAGCCACUCUAUCACAUCAUUGAUACGUAGCUUUGGGGCAAAUCUCACUGUUUAUGAGCUUGAUGAAAUGACAAAUGGCCAGCAAAUUGAAAGAGCACUUGUUCAAAUGGGGUGCCAACCAAGUGUUCCAGCUGUGUUCAUAGGACAACAAUUCAUUGGCGGGUCUAAGAGAAUUAUGAGCCUUCAUCUUCGGAAUGAGUUAGUACCUAUGCUCAUUAAUGCCAAGGCUAUAUGGAUUUGA